GGACUAUCGCCUGCUGCAAGUCAUCAUGUCGUAUCGGAAGGCCAGCGACAGAUGCGCUUGGUAUUCGUACAAUCUCUGGCAGAGUGGCUAUGUGGUUAGGUGGCGCCCGGUAGCAAGGAGCCAAUAUAAGAAUUCAGACUGUAGACGUGUCUUCGCAGCUUUUGACUAACAUCUUAUCUGUGUUCGUUAUUGUCGGUUUAAAGAUGUACAUGUUAAACACAUCCGAGGCUCUCCUCGCUGCCGCUUCACUGAUAGGGGCCUAUGUCCUGGCUGUGCAAUAUUUCCGUUUCCAAAGAUGUGAUCGAAUUGAAUCGAAGUUUAGAUGGACCGGCCGUCCUCUGUCUAGCAUGACUGUCAAGGAGGCCCAUGAUAUCAUGCGCCAGUUGCGAGAGCUUGAGUUUCCGUUUGCACUGCGUAGCUCGACGAGGAUGACGACGCUCAAGACUGCCUCUGUUCCUACCGUGGCCGAUCUCUUCGUUGCUACCGGUCAGCGAAGCGAGAAGAACAAUACAAAACGCGCGGCUGAUACGGAGGUGAUAAUGAAUGAGAUCCAUGAUCGUGAGGCUGGCUCCGACGCUCAUGUAAUGGCCUUCGUCCGGAUGAAUUACAUACAUUCCAGGUACAGGAAGGCCGGCAAGAUCCUUGAUGAAGAUAUGCUGCAUACGCUUGGCUCUGCCGUGGUUGAUGUGUUCCGUUCGAUAGAGAAAUAUGAAUGGCGUCAGCUGUCAGAUGUCGAGAAGUGUGCGGUUGGUGUUUUUUACAGAAGUAUGGGAGAGGCGAUGGAAAUUCCAUUCCACCUACUCCCGUCCGGUAAAACCGGCUUCACAGACGGAAUCCAUUUUGCGCAGGAGCUGUGCGACUUCACGGUAGAAUACGAAAAGACGGCAGCCAAAUCAACACAGUCGACGUUGUUCAUUAGCAGGCGCUUAAUGAGCCUAGAGACGGCUAAUUAUCCUUCGACACUCCGGCCAGUUGUUGAACGUAUCAUUGCCACAAGACUAGAUGAACACAUCCGAGUCAGCAUGGGCUAUCGUAAACCGGGAAUCACUCUUUCUUCCCUUGUUGCUGGUUCAGUGGCAAUUCGCAAGUUCAUAUUACUCUAUCUCAGCCUCCCCCGGCCGGAUUUCAUGGCCGUCAAGGUUCUGGAUGCAACUCCGGAUCCUUCCACCGGGCGCUACGUCGUCAAAGAAUGGUUAGACAAUCCAUGGUAUGUGAAGCCGACAUUUCUAAACCGAUGGGGCCUUAAAUCCUGGUUGGUACGACUCUUUGGAACCGGAAAUGUACCCACCAAGAAUGGUCCUUUCCGCGACGAAGGUUAUGACAUUAAAGCAAUCGGUCCUCAGAUCAUGGAGAACAAAGGCCAAGCUGAAGUCGAAGCGAUCCUUGAGAAUUUUAGAAAGAGAGACAUCCCGGCUGGUUGUCCAUUCCAUGCGUAAAGACAUGGUGUCUCCUACGGUUGACGUUGACUAGGUGCUUGACAAUGCUCUGCAGCUAACAUAAGGGGGAUUGCGGUGCUAUAUUUCAGGAUAAGACAAAUUGGUCGAGAAUACUUGUCUUGCUUGGAAACUAUAGGCGAUACUUGACCAGAUCCGUUCUGCCUUUCUGGUUGUCGAAU